GGGAAGAGGAGCUUCGACGCCGACAGUCAUGUUGGCUGUGAGGGAAACUUCAUGAGUGACUGUGAAGAUCCAACUUGGUUCUCCUCACCACCUCAAGACAAAAAGGUGGAGGAGUUCAGGACUAGAGAAGAGGAUGGACCGGGGCCGUUUACUAACCCAGGAGAGUCGGUGUCUGCUUCUGCUACUGUUCUCUUAAGAACUGUUAGCUCAAACCUUCAGAAAAUCAAAGCUAUCCCAGCUGUCAGAGAGAACGAUACUCCAUCACCUGCAGCCUCCCCCACUAAUGAGGUUCAGCCUCACUCUGGGUGCUUAGAGAGCAAACCGAUGGUGCUGUGCGCAGAGCAGGAAAACAAACUGGCUGAUGCCCAAGCUGAACAGACUGGAGACACAGAGCAGGUCAAGCGUUACUACCUGACAGCUAAGAAAUUAGACUGCAUUGUGGAAGCAUCCAAACAAGGAGAAUCUGACAAUGCCAGUUCCUUUCUGCCCCCUAGUGAGAGCAAACUGGAUGAAAAGCAGAAUGUAUCCCCCCAGUCCAGUGAUGAACCCCAUGCUGAGACCAAAAACAGUGGUUCACUUCAGAAUGAAAUUGUAGUAAACUCCCCUGUGGUUCCAGACCUGGUUACAGUCUGCGCUGAUCCCACUGUGAGGUCUGCUGAUAUGGAAACAGGUGAGGUGCUUUCCACUCUCCCUUUUCAAAAUUCUCUUUGCCCUGACACCAGUCAUCAAUACAACCAGCUGAUAGAGCUUCUUCACCAGCAAGAGGAGAAGUGUAAAAAAUACUGCCAGCAGUUCAGCCAUAUGGGAAACAUUUCUGAGACCACAAGGUUUGAGAGUCUUGCAGAAGAGUGUGCUUCUCACAUUGAAGCACUGAGGGUAGCAAAGGUCAAGGGAUAUCCAGUACCAAAGUUUCAUAUGGAGGAUCGCACCUUUAAUAUCUUCAGAAUUAUUCCAGAGCUCAGUGGAAGCGACAUGUUGCUGACCAUCGUGAGAGGGGUUAAUCUGCCUGUGCCUGAAGGAGGUUCUCCAAAUGAUUUAGAGACCAGCGUGCGCUUUGAGUUUGCUUUUCCCAGUUUGCAAGAAGCUCAAAGGGAUCAAACUCGUUCAGUCAAAAACUCUUCUAGUCCAGAGUUUGGAGAGCAGUUUACACUCCACAUUAAGCGCAACCAUCGAGGCUUUAAGAGAGUUGUCCUGUCUAAAGGCAUCAAGUUUGAGAUCAUUCAGAAAGGUGGUCUAUUUAAGACUGAUAAAGUGGUGGGCUGUGCUCAGCUGAAGCUGGACUCCCUGGAGAGCAAGUGUGAGAUCAGACAGCUAAUAGAGGUCCUCAAAAGACGGACUCCUACAGGAGGGCACCUGGAGGUGCGGGUGAAAAUUCGGGAGCCACUGAGUGGCCCUCAGUCUGACACAGUGACAGAGAAAUGGCUGGUCCUGGACCCCCUCACCUUACCUCUGAUAAUGCAAGAUGGAAUGGUCUACCAAGGCCACUGUGUCACAUCAGUAGAAAGCAUGCCCAAUUUGAAGGAAGCAACAAUGAGGGCGUUUUUAUACACGGAGGAGGGGUCAAGUUCCAGGGGAGAUAAUGUUGAAACUUAUUUCCGGUUUCCGCGCCGCUGUCUAACGAAUACGGCUGCAUUUCAUUAUUCAUCACCUUUGGCUGAACUCCCGUGCUUCAGGCAGGACGAUGUGGUCAGAAUUGUGGAAGAGGUGGUUGCUACUAAGCCACAAAUUCAAGAUAAUCCUAUGAAGCGGUUCAGUAACAGGUCUGCCACAUGCAGUGUUCUCUAAGAGGAAACCUUCAAAUUUUCUUUGUGCUUUUGUUUUAUACUGAAACUUUUAGUCUUGACUGUUCCAGCUGAGAUGAGUUGCACAAUGAUGUCUCAAUUUAGCACUUUUCGCAGGGCAGCUAAAUAGCAGGAGUCUUAUUGGUUACAUAAUCCACAUUUUUUUCAUUUUUAUCACUUCUCUGACCAUUUAAUUUCUUUUAGGAGAAAAUCACUGAGCCAUUUCUGAGACACACUUCUUCCUGAAAAUGCAAUUUGUCUGAUUUUAUCUAAACAAUAACUUGGCUGAUUUCAUCAAAUGACAUGUCAAGGUGAUGCUAUCACUUGGAGAAUCUAUGCUGCACAGCUGUAAACUCAGGGAUCUACUCACAGGGCUUAUAAAUGUCCUUGAGUUUUCAAUUUUGAUCAUUUUUAGGAAUACAGUUCAUGUUGGAACUUUUAUACACAUGUUUCAUAAAUAAACAUGUCAAUGCAAGACUAA